UCAAGAGAGAUGGAGAAUUAUACAUGUGCGGAGAAAAAAGUUAGGUUGUUCGGGUUCGAGCUCGAUCCGAGUACUAACAAUGGUUGCUCCGUGAAAGUUUGUGUCGAAGGAGACGAGAGUGUGAAUUCGUCCGCUACGGAAACAUUUAAGGAGAAAAGCUCGACGACGACUGCGGAGGGCGACGACAAGAAGUUCGAGUGUCAGUAUUGUUACAAGGAGUUUGCCAACUCGCAGGCGCUCGGAGGACAUCAAAACGCGCACAAGAAAGAGAGGAUAAAGAAGAAAAGGCUGCAACUUCAAGCCAAGAGAGCCAGCCUCAACUGUUAUCUUCAACCUUUCCGAAACAGUCUAGGUCUCGGCUCUCUGUGGUACUACGAUGCGGCUCCCUGUUACGGUACCGAUUCCGGUCCUUACGAACAAUCUCAGAUAAGUUUUGGUCAAUUCGAGCACGACGGGUAUGUUAAUGGCUCGAAUCCGUCGAAAUGGCACGCUUUGCAGUCCCAGAUGAUCCCUUUCCAACAAGUUUCAUCCAUGUUCACGUUAAUACAAGGUGACAAUCAUCACAGAUCGAGGGGAAAAGGGCAUGUUUUCAAGCCUACGUCUUCAUCUUCAUCGAAGCGAAGCUGUAAAUCAUUGGAUCUUCAGUUAGGCCUCAGCUUGCAGUCUACGAUACAGAGUUCCUCUGGUGGUGGCAUGUAGCACGUACAUAUACACUGAGGCAUCGUAAUCCAACAAAGACGCAAACACGACACGUAUCCGGUAGUGCUUGAUAAGACAUCAAAAAAGGAACAUAAAACAAAUAUAAGGAUAUGUUUGAACACAACUGAAACAUGUCUGGACAAGAUCCAAUAUAGAAUGAGAGUUUUUUUUUUUUUUUGUAUUUUUUUCUUUCUGGCAUGUCU